AUGCUGCAGCGUACGAGCUGCCUCGUGCGUCACAUUAUCGAUCGAGACGAAGCGCAGUGUGCGUUGAACCGACGCAUCUACUCCGAAGUCCAGAGCGUGCUGGAUGAGAUCGUGUACGACGUCGAGAGCUGUGAGCACGCGUGCGAGCUUGAACGAUUGCGACGCAGACUCGAUAUGGCUGAAAGGGCUCUGGUGGAGUAUCGCGAGCGUGAGAACGAUCUGAUUCAGGAGCGACAGCAGGCAUACGAGCAUGCUGUCAAGAUCGAACAAGAAGGCAGAAUGAUCUGGACCAAAGUAAAUCAGCACAUGUCUGUUGUUGAGUCGGAGCUCGCGAUGAAAGAAGUCAUGGAAACCGAAUUGAAACAAGCGAAAGAGCAACUGAAGUUGACUGGUCAGCUUUCGAAGGAGCUAGCUGCCGCACAGCGUGAGAUCCGAGAACUGCGACGUUCUAAUGAUAUUCAGACCAGCUUUCGACGGAACGUUUCGGAACCAAACUCAAGUGUUCUUCAACGGGGAAACAACUUGCUUGCAGAGGCCAGGUCCAUGUCUCCAGAGCUGAAGGCCACAAUGAAACAAAGUGAAAACGUUUUCUCACAAAUUCCGGACAAUGUGAUGCUCAAGCUGUUUUCAUUUUUGGAUGAAGAAAGCAAGCUUCGGAUUAGUGUCACUGAUAAAGUGUUGGUGAGACGCGUAAACUGCUUGUUUGGGGUCACGACACCUUCGACUUUGGCGAAAAGUGUUCCUUGUACCCCUGCAAAACAAUCUUCACCCAGACCACAGAAACGGUUGGCGAUGCGAAGCUUCAGCUUCGUUGGUUCGUCAGAAAAAGACAAGGCUGGUCUCACACAGCGGUCAAAGAUGGACGCAAUCGUGAAAUCAUUGAAACCAGAUCAAAUCAAACUCUUUCACGACAUGUCAAUCAGGGUGAAGACAUUGGAGGCCCAUCUUUCUCAGGUGCAGACCGAAAGGGAAGACGUUGCCGCACGCUUGUACAAUGCAGAAAGUGUGCGUGAUUUCUUGAUGAAAAAGCUAACAGAUACCGAAGAGAUGGUUGCCGAUAUCAGAACAGCCUGUGCGAAGAAGGAUGAGCAGGCUGCAUUGGACCACGAGAUUAUCGGUUUCCUCGAUGCAAAGACGCAGGAGUGCGAAAGCGCGCUGAUAGAGUAUGCGCACCAAAACAGCAGUCUUCGCAUAGAAAUCGAACAGCUACGCGAGAGCCACCGCUCCAACACAACGAUUAUUCAAGACAUGGUCAAGCUGCUGACAGAGGAGAAGAAAGAGCUCGAAGCUCAGGUAAGGUCUCAACGCAAGAUCUUAGUGCGCGAAGUCAAAGUGCUUCGAGCUCAGAACCGGCAGCUCGGCACUGAAAAAGACCACUAUUUCACACAACUCAAGCAACUCAAACACGCACUACAACAUUUGGACGAGCUCAGCUGA